GCAAAAUAACCUUUGUUUGACACUCAGUAUGCUGACACUUUUACAAUCUUCUUGCCAACAGAACCCUGUAUUAAACGUCUUUGUGCAUCUCCCAUCCACGCACAGUGCCUCCUACCGCCAUGGAUAAUGCUUGGGCCAGAGAAGACGCACAGACUUGUGUCCUUAGAGAACAGGAUGCAGCCAGCAGCACCUUUUAUUAGACCUGCUAGAAAAGGGCCCUGAAGUGAGUGCCCACCAUGGAAGGACGGAAGCUUCCAUUUCCGUAACUUGUCCUUGGCCACAGGUCUCUCCAGGGGAGACUCCUGGGGUCCUACUGGUGGUGAAGGAUGCAACUUCCCAACCUCCCUCCAGACUAGGGAUCAAAUAAAAAAAUGUAUAGUGUCAUUUUUGCAAAAUUUUGCCCCCCAAAGAUAGGGUAGAGUGGCUGCCACCAGUCUUACGCAACAUUAAAUUGAUAUCUGGCAAUACCACAAAAGUGAAAAUUUAAAAAGCCAUAGCGUAAGAUAGAAAGCAUGGAAUAUUUCACUCCUAGUGUCUACCAGUUAAAAGGAAAAGACAAAUCAUCUGUUUUAGAAGAGAUAAACACCCUAGUGGAAUAACUCCUAUUCAACACGCUCUGUCCCAUUUCCGAUGAGGUGGAAGGUGAGGAUGAGGCAGGAGAUUGCUGGGUAUUAAGGUCCUGGCUGCCCAGCAGCCACCAGAUUCAUGCUGUGACUUAACCCUCAGCCACACACUCAGUGACAAGUCCACAAAGCCGCUGUUAUGCAUUUCAAUUAAAGUCUUAGGAACUGGGAAUAUUUCACUGUAUGACCAACAGUUUCAGGGAUUCUGACAGCAGUGACAUUUAGAGGAAGAAAUGCCAAGACACACAUCGAAGAGAUGAACACUUGAUACUGUCUGCUGCGGGCUGUGUGCAAGUGCAAAUCAUUGCAUUUUCAUUAUCCUCCACCAUGUGCCUUUCUGGAGAUCCAUUACCACUGCUCUAUCCUCAAGUCUACCUGGUUUCGAUUGUUCGUAACUCCCUGCCAUUGCCAGGUCCACGCAGGGCUGUGUAAAUACUUGAGCAGAGGAACAAUUAGACCUGCAGCUGAAACACUAGUCCAGAGAGAGAGGUAGGGUUACUGCCUUCUGUAGCACACUCCACUGCACCAAGCUUGGCAAGCAUUGUCCCUGCAAAGGCUUCUGGAUGUGAGUGUAGCAAACAUGGGCUGUAAAGACAGGCGCUGAGGGAGGAUGACAGGAUGGACUCAGAAUCCUGAAGUGUUACGUUUGGAAGAGGAGCCGUGGAGCAGGGCACUGCUGAGUGUCCAGAAGAUGUCAGCCACCUGCAGCAUUGCCCAGAGGGCCUGAGGAUGACCGGUACCCACUAGCAUGCCCGGAUGGUUCAAAAAGGCGUGGUACGGGCUGGCCUCUCUACUCAGCUUCUCCUCCUUCCUCCUGCUCAUCGUUGCUCUGACUGUACCCCACUGGCUGAGUGGGAAAAUCCUUUGUCAGACAGGAGUGGACUUGGUCAACGCCACAGACCCAGAGCUGGUCAAGUUCCUUGGGGACAUUUACUACGGGCUCUUCAGAGGGCGCAAGGUGCGGCAGUGCGGGCUCGGGGGCCGCCAGUCCCGGUUCACAAUCUUCCCACACCUGGUGAAGGAGCUCAACACCGGCCUUCAUGUGACAAUUUUGCUGCUCCUCUUCCUGGCCUUGGCCCUCGCUCUGGUCAGCAUGGGCUUUGCCAUCCUCAACGUGGUCCAGGUACCUUAUCGAGCAGUCAAUGGCCCUGGGGGCAUCUGCCUGUGGAACACCCUGGCAGGUGGAGUCGUGGCGUUAGCCAUUGCCAGCUUCAUGGCCGCGGUGAAAUUUCAUGAUCUGACUGAACGAAUCGCCAACUUCCAGGAGCGACUCUUUCAGUUUGUCGUGGUGGAGGAGCACUACGAAGAGUCGUUUUGGAUCUGCGUAGCCAGCGCUUCCGCCCAUGCUGCAAACUUGGUUGUGGUGGCGAUCAGUCAGAUUCCCCUGCCGGAGAUCAAGACCAAAAUCGAAGAGGCCACGGUCACAGCCGAGGAUAUCUUAUACUAAUCACCCACCCCUGCCCAUAUCCUUUCCUGAGUCAGUUCUGCAGUGAGAAUGGGGACCUCACUUCUUUGCAGCCUCCUUAUUUCACCUUCCUUCAGGGGUGGCUGGCUCAGACAGGAAAAAACUCCCCCAGAAUUCCUAGAAUUCCCACGCCCCCCUUCAUGGCCUUGGAGCUGGAGAUUCAUGCCUGCCCGUGUGACAGUGGACAGCUUACCUAAUGUCUACCUCUCAGUUUCCUCUCUUGUAAAAUGAUGAUAGCUACAACUUUGCAGGUUUGUUGUGAGGAUUAAGUGGGUAAUGAUGUUGCGAGCAGAACAUUCUAGAAAUUUAAGGUAUCGUAUACAAGGUGUGAUGGGAAUACAUGGUGAAUGUUUAAAUUUUUUAAAAAUUAUUUUAGUAAAAGACACAUCAUUAAAUCCCCACAAAAUGCUUCGCCUCGUUUCUAACACACUUACCCAUUAUUCUUGCCACUUUCUGAAGCAGUUCUAGAAGUCCUCUUUCAUGAGUGUGCUGUUUUCUGAAGUGUGAUUUUAAAAAAAAAGUACAGGAAUACUGCUGCUGAGUGUCACCCAAUGACAGAGAGAAACAGGAAACAUCACAGUGGGUUCUGAUAUACCUUAUUCACCAGAUUUGACACUGCAGGACUUCUUACUCUUCCCCAAAGUUAAAAUGACCAUGCAAGAUAAAUGUUUUUAAUUGACUCCAGACACUGAGGCAGCCACAUCUGUGCAACUAAAGACACUCUUGAAAGAGGACUUCUAAAACUGCUUCAGAAAGUGACAAGAAUGGUAAAAUAGGAUUGUUAGAAGCAACAGUAUUUUGACAGAGAUUAAUGGCAAUGUGUCUUUUACUGUAAUUUUUUAAAAAUUAACAUUUCCUGUAUUUUUUAAUCAUACCUCACAUACUCCAAUAAAUAUCUAUGGGCUUUUGACCAAUUCCAUACAGCAGAGAGAUGAAAACAGAAAUAUGAUGAUAGCUUCAUCUUUCCACGGGAAACAAGAAUUGGUUAGCAACAGCAUCACUAAUAAUUAAAGUAACUACCUUUUUAAAGUAGCUUUUACAUGCUGGACACUGUUCUAAGAGUUUUACACAUGUUAACUUCUUGGCUCUUCACUGAAAAAUUCAGAUGGCUAGUAAUAUUUUAAUUUUAUUUGACAGGUGACAAAACUAAGAUACAGAGAAACUGGUUAACUUGCUGAGAUCUGGAACUAAAUCUAGGAAGACUGGAAGUAGAAGCUAUACUUUAAACCACUUUGGUAAUCUAUUCUCUGGUGUACGAAGAGCUGCAAUGCAGUGUGAUAAAGGCUAAACUAGAACAGGCAUAAAGGACAAAGGAAGGAAUUAAAUCUCCAGGAUGGGAUGCACGGUAUUAAAGUGUCAGGGAGCUAACAUUUGAUCUGAACUGUGAAAGAUGAGUAGACUUUUUCCAGUGGCAUGGAGAGGGCAUUCCAGGGUGCAUCAGGAAGACGGGGCAGCACAUGAAAGGCCAAGGAGACCACAGGCACACGAAUGGUCGUUGGGAUGAGAUGCUGCUCUAAUUGACAUUGGGGAAACCCAGAUGUUUCAUGUUGGGUUUUCCUAAUUAGUGCUGUGAUGCUUAAUUUUCUGUGUCAACGUGGCAGGGCCAGAGUACUCCAAACAUGUGGUCUAAUCUAGACAUUUUUCUAAAGAUAUUUUGGAUGAGAUCAACACUUCAGUUUUACCUUCCAUAAUCUGAAUGGGCCCCAUCCAAUCCAUUGAAAACCUUAAUGGAAAAAAGAUUGCCCUUCCUGAAAGGAGCAAAUUCUGCUAGCACACUGCCUUUGGAUCUGAACUUUAACCCUUUCUUAGGUCUCCAGGCAGCUGGUCUACCUGCAAAUUUUACACUUGUGACACCAUAAUGAUGUGAGUCAAUUCCUAAAAAUUUCCCAAAAAUUACAUUCUCCUCUAUCUCAUUCUCUCUCCUUUCCUCUUUCUUCCCUCCCCUUCCUUUCCUCUCCCCACCCCUUUCUCUUCUCCAUCUCUCUGUCUCAUUCUGCAUCCUCCUCUAUUUCUUUCUCUCCUUAGGAUCUUCAGUGAAUUGAUUCCAGAAACUACCCCAAUACCAAAAUCUAUGGAUGCUCAAAUCUUCUAUGUAAAAUGGCAUAGUGUUUAUAUGUAACCUAUGUACAACAUCUUCCCAUAUAGUUUAUAUCAUCUUAUACUACCUAAAACAAUGUAAAUGCUAUGUAAAUAAUUACUACACUGUAUUAUUUAGGGAACUGUGACAAGAAAAAUAACCUGUCUAUAUUUAAUAAACAUGCACUAUUGUAGGCCUAUCUUUUCAAUUCUUGGUUAUAUGCAUGAGUGCAGGAAUCCAAGAAUAUAGAGAGCAGACAGUACACAAGCUCAUGUCCACACACACACUUACCUGUGUUACUCUGCAUAAGCCUAAUACAGAAAAUUUUAAUCAAUUUUCCAUGAUGCCAGUUGGGAUGAAUCUUUUUCCAGGUCUCCUACCUUCAUGUCAAGAAAAUGCUAGCUAAUCCUCCAAGUUGCAUCCAAAAUGCCACCUGACUGGGUGACUUCAGGAAAUUUUCAUACCAUUUCUCUACUUAUGGUUCCCUGCCAAGCCCAUCUGACUCUUCCAGCCCUCUAUCUCCAGGCCAGUUACAACUUCUGUAUUAUUUAUGGUCUAAUAAAGGUGGCACAUGGCUAGGAGAGAGAUCUAGAAGAUAUCAAUAGACUACCAUGCUAAGUAGAACACAAGAAAAUGUUGAUAUCGUGCCAUGUUGAGCACAAAAUCCUGCUGAUGGAAUCGUUUUUAAAAAACAAAUACAGAAGUAUCUGACAACAGUUUCUAAGAUAAGUAACUGAGGAUCUUGAUAUGCUUAUUCAUUCAAAAAGUAUUGAAACUGGAUCUAGGUCUUUGGAGAAGAAGAGAUCCGAGGGUUUUAUUGUCUGAGAAGCUGGGGAUGAUGCAUAAAGAGACAACUGGUGAUGAAGCUACUAAAGAAGUUGGCACAGCUGUAUGUAGUCUUAGGUCACUGCCUUCAGACAUUGCAGAUGGUUUUAUAGAAAGAAGGCAGAGUUUUGUUCCUACGACUAGAAUUGAGGUUGAUCUUCAUCAAGCCUGAUGUGUUCCAAGGAGCCAAAUGCAGGCUUGGGUAUGUGUGUAAGCUUCUAGUAACACAAUCCAAAACUUCUGAAAGAAUUUCAGCAGCUUCUAUAACACCUCCAGACUUCCAAAUGUUCCUGGAGAGAAUGAACAUUCCUAAGACCAUCUCUCAAGAGAUUCCUAAAUAGACUUUAGCAAAGUGUAAGUGGAGGGAUCAAAUAUAUGGGUCACAAAUUUUACUUGUAUUAAUUACUUGGAACAGACAGGAAAUGUAACUCUCUGGUUUUUUUCAUAUAAUUAAUUUGGUUGCUUCAUGUGUAAAGAAAUAAAUGCCCAAUCCAUCUUAAAUUCAA